AUGGUCCAGCACAUUCAGAUUUAUCUCUUUGGAGAUCAGACCUAUGACUCCAACUCAAGGCUGGGUUCUCUCUUGCGUUCACACAAGAAUCCUAUCUUGACGGCCUUUUUGGAACGAGCCUUUCAUGUCCUCAGAGCUGAGAUAGGCCGGCUGUCCCUCCGGGAGAGGGAGGCUUUCCCUCGAUUUUCUAGCAUUGCCGACCUUUUGACCAGGCAGCGUGAGGGUAACUUGAGCCCGGCGCUCGAGAAAGCUCUUACGUGUAUAUACCAGCUGGCUUACUUUAUCAGUCAGCAUGGCGACAAAGCAUAUCCUGUUGCGUCUGAGACGUACAUGAUCGGCUUAUGCACAGGCACACUUGCUGCUGCUGCAAUUAGCUCUUGCCGCACCCUCUCCGAACUUUUGUUGGCCGCUGUGCAAACGGUUGUGGUUGCCUUUCGUGCUGGUCUCUGCACCGUUGAUCUUCGUAAUCGGAUCGAACCGUCCAUCACAGAGGCCCGCUCAUGGUCGAUGGUUGUCCCUGGUAUCAAGUCUGACCAGGCCUCCCAAGCAAUCAAAGACUUCUGCGAAUCUCAAUCCAUUCCAUUUACAUCCCAACCCUACAUUAGCGCGCAUGGAACCGAAUCCUUGACGAUUAGCGGCCCUCCUGGUACUCUUCAGGAGCUUCGAAAUACCCCUACUUUUUCAAAACUCAAUGCUAUCAAAAUCCCUAUCUACGCCCCAUACCAUGCUGCGCACCUUUUUAGCAAGACAGACAUUGAGUCGAUUCUGGAAACAACCACUGCUGAGUCAUGGUCUUCGUUCACUGCCAAUAUUCCUGUCAUCUCGAGCGCAACCGGCAAACAAAUCUGGGCAGGCAACUUUAGAUCUCUUCUCCAAGAAGCUCUCGCCGAAAUCCUCAUCGAGCCGAUGCGAUGGGACAAAAUCAACCAGGAAUUUGCAGCAGUUCUACGGUCCAGCGGGGCCUCUCAAUUCAAGGUCAUCCCGAUCGCGACAACUGCUGAGCAGUCUCUCUACUCGACCCUCAAGCAGGUCGCCCAGUCAAGCCCUGAGCCUAGCCCGACUGAGGCCCCCAGCGUUGUGCCGGAGUUUCCCACUGGGCGUCCGGAUCAGUCCAAAAUUGCUAUCAUCGGCAUGUCUGGAAGGUUCCCCGAUGCUUCGAGUCCUGCGGCUUAUUGGGACCUGCUGUAUCAAGGCCUUGAUGUGCACAAGGAAGUUCCAUUGAAGCACUGGGACAUCAAGACUCACGUUGAUCCCACCGGCAAGAAGAAGAAUACAAGUGCUAUGCCCUAUGGAUGCUGGCUGGAGAAUCCUGGCUUUUUCGAUGCUCGCUUCUUCAACAUGUCGCCUCGUGAGGCGCCUCAGGUCGACCCAGCACAGCGGAUUGCGCUCCUCACUGCAUAUGAAGCUAUUGAGCAGGCCGGUCUUGUCCCGGAUGCUACUCCCUCGACGCAAAAGGAUCGUGUUGGUAUCUUUUAUGGCGUGACCAGCAAUGACUGGAUGGAAACAAACAGCGCACAAGAUAUUGAUACAUAUUUCAUUCCUGGCGGCAAUCGCGCAUUCAUUCCAGGUCGCAUCAACUACUGCUUCAAGUUCAGCGGUCCCAGUUAUAGUGUUGAUACUGCAUGCUCGUCGAGUCUUGCCGCCAUCCAUGUCGCCUGCAAUUCUCUGUGGCGAGGUGAUGUCGACACCGCCAUUGCCGGUGGAACGAACGUCCUCACCAACCCCGACAUGACUGCUGGUCUGGAUAAGGGACACUUCCUUUCGAGAACGGGUAACUGCAAGACCUUUGAUGAUGGUGCUGAUGGCUACUGUCGUGGAGAAGGUGUCGGCACUGUGAUCAUGAAGCGUCUCGAGGAUGCUUUGCUCGACAAUGAUCCUAUCCAGGCGGUCAUUCUUGGCGCUGCAACUAACCAUUCAGCUGAGGCUGAAUCCAUUACACGUCCACACGUUGGCGCACAGCGAGCUAUUUUUGAAAAAAUUCUCAGCACAGCAGGCUUGGACCCUUACAAUAUCAGCUAUGUCGAGAUGCACGGAACCGGCACCCAAGCCGGCGAUGCAGGAGAAAUGUCAUCUGUCCUCGAAACCUUUGCUCCUGGCGCAGCUCGUCAGAAGCGUCGAAGCGACCAGCCAUUGUAUCUGGGAUCUGCCAAAGCUAACAUCGGACACGGUGAGGCAGUAUCUGGAGUCAGCAGUCUUGCCAAAGUGCUGCUGAUGAUGCAGAAGAAUAUCAUACCGCCCCACUGUGGAAUCAAGACCAAGAUUAACCACAAGUUCCCGACCGACUUUGACGAGCGCAAUGUUCACAUCGCUUCGGCGCCCACUCCUUGGCCCCGGGCUGAAGGCGAAGUGCGCCAUGUUUUCCUCAACAAUUUCAGUGCUGCUGGUGGUAACACUGCGCUGUUGCUUGAAGAUGCGCCGGAGCAGAUCCCAAGCACCGAACAUGACCCUCGUUCAACUCAUCUGGUCACAAUCUCGGCCAAGUGUGCAGCAUCGCUCAAGGGAAACCUCAAGGCAAUGCUCGAAUACCUUGGCAGCGUCCAUGAAAACCAUUUUUCUUUGUCUCGCCUGUCUUACACUACAACUGCCCGCCGAAUUCAUCACGCACACCGAGUCAUUGUUCAUGGUGCCGAUAUUCUCGAGGUUAAGUCUAACCUUGAAGGUGCUAUUGCACGCGAGGAAGGGAUGAACAGGGCGAAGUCGGCACCCAAGGUUGCUUUCACUUUUACUGGCCAAGGUGCGCAGUAUCCUGGAAUGGGCAAGCAGCUUUUCGAGGCAUUUUCUCAGUUCCGCUCUGAUAUUCGACGAUUUGACCAACUGGGUCAAAGUCAAGGCUUCCCCAGCAUUCAGCCCAUUUUCACUGCUACUGGUGGCGAUAUUGGCGAUUAUACCCCGCUUGUUGUCCAGCUUGCAAAUGUCUGCAUGCAAAUGGCCCUUACUCGAUUGUGGGCUUCAUGGGGCAUCACACCAACUGCCGUGGUCGGUCACAGUCUCGGUGAAUAUGCUGCGCUCAACGCCGCUGGGGUCUUGACCGAAUCGGACACGAUCUACCUGGUUGGAAAGCGGGCGCAGCUACUCCAGGAACAAUGCAAGCGUGGUACUCAUUCUAUGCUUGCCAUUCUUGCAUCGCUGGCGAAGAUUGACAGCAUUUUGGCCGGAAAGAAGUAUGAGGUUGCUUGCAUCAACGGACCGGAGGAAACGGUUCUUAGCGGACCGAACGAGGAAAUUCGCGCCGUUCAGGAAGCUUUGUCAGAGCACAAGCUGAAGAUGACUACACUCAAGGUCCCCUACGCAUUCCACUCUUCUCAAGUCGAGCCGAUCUUGAGUACUUUUGAGAAGGCAGCUGCCGGUAUCACUUUCCACAAACCAACCGUGCCAGUUAUCUGUCCUCUCUUUGGCAACGUCGUCUCGGAAGCGGGCACAUUUGGUCCAAAAUACCUAAGCCGCCACUGCAGAGAGCCUGUCAACUUCCUUGAUUCGCUCCGGUCUGCUCAACAAAGCAAGGUGCUUACUGACAAGCACAUUGCCAUUGAAAUUGGACCUCACCCUUACAUGUCCAAGAUGGUUAAGGCUACGCUUGGCCCGCAGACAAGCACCCUGCAUAUGAUGCAACGCAACAAGGAUACUUGGACUAUCUUGACGCAAGCUCUGUCCACUCUCUAUGUAGCUGGUACUGAGAUUCGCUGGUCUGAAUAUCAUCGCGAUUUCAAGUCGGCUCACAAGGUCCUUCGACUACCCGCAUACAGCUGGGACCUCAAGGACUACUGGAUCCAGUAUGUCAACGACUGGUCUGUACGCAAAGGGGACCCAAUUCCCACUGCCCAGGCUGCUCUUCCGGAACCUGUCGUACCCAAGCUCGAGUCCACGACCAUUCAUAGACUUGUUGAGGAGAACAAGGAAGGCUUUACGGUCAAGCUCGUUGUGGAGUCUGACAUCUCUCGCGCCGACCUUAGCCCCCUUGUUCAAGGCCAUGUUGUCGAUGGAAUUCCUCUCUGUACUCCGUCGGUGUACGCUGACAUUGCGCUCACGCUUGGUAAAUACCUUGUGGAUCGUUAUCAGCCCGACAUGAAGGAAAGACUCGUUGAUGUCUCAGAUAUGACCAUCGAGAAGGCUUUGAUUGCCAAGGGAACGGGACCUCAGCUACUUCGAACAUCUGUGGAAGUUGACUGGCUCAAUAAGAGCGCCAAUGUUAGAUUUUACAGUGUCAAUGAGAAGGGUGAGAGACCGGCAACCCACUCUAAAUGCGUCAUUCGAUGGGUCGACAACUCGCAACAUCAUGUACUUGAACGCAAAGGGGCAGAGAUCAAAGCCCGGUUCGAUAGUUUGCGCCAGGGAGUUUCAUCUGGCAAGACGUCCCGGUUCAAUCGAGCCAUGGCGUACAAGAUGGUCAAGACAUUGGCAGAUUUCCCUGAGGACUACAAGGCGAUUGAUGAAGUCAUUAUGGACAGUGGCCUCCUGGAAGCCUCUAGUCGCAUCAACUUCUCCGGUUGUAAAAAGGGAGGAGACUAUAACACCAACCCUGCCUAUAUUGAUGGUCUCACCCAAUCUGGAGGAUUUGUCAUGAAUGCGAAUGAUGGUGCUGAUCUUGAUAACGAGGUCUUCAUCAACCAUGGUUGGAAGUCAUUCCAGAUCUUCCAAGAUAUCUCCGCUGACAAGAUCUACAAUACUCAUGUGCGGAUGCACCCUGGCGAGUCGAACACGUAUGUGGGAGACGUCGUGGUCAUGGAGGGCGACAACAUUGCCGCUAGUUUCCGUGGCAUCGUCCUUCAAGGCGUUCCUCGUCGUGUUCUUAGCUUCAUCCUCAACAUGGAAGCUGGCAGAAGGCCACAAAGGCAGGCAGUCGGACAGGCCGGUGCUAAACCCGCCGCUAAGGCACCAGCUGCGAAGGCUCCUGCUCCUGUAUCUGCUCCAGUUGCUAAAGCUCCUGUGGCAUCUGUCCCCGUCGCUGCGCCAGUGACACCUAUUGCUGCGCCGAUUGCGGUGCCCACCUCGCAGCCAAGUGAGCCAAGCAAGGUUGGACCGGCGCUUCAGAUUAUCUCGGAAGAAAGUGGUGUCGCCGUCGAGGACCUGACCGAUGAGAGCGUCUUUGCCGAUAUGGGAGUUGACUCUCUUCUCUCACUCACCAUUGGCAGCAGGUUCCGCGAGGAACUUGAUCUGGACUUGGAAGUAGAGUCUAUGUUCACUCAAUUUCCUACAGUGAAGGAUCUCAAAGACCAUCUGGCUCCCGCUGGAAACGCGGCGCCUGCGUCCGCGCCUGUAUCGGUAGCCGCGGUGGCUCCAGUCGUUACUGCACCUCCGGUACAGCCUUCUCCUGUGUCUGUUCCUGUAGCCGCUCCUGUCGCUGCUUCUCCAAUUCAAGACAGCAAAGCUUUGGAGAAGUACGAGACUGCGUUGCAGGUUAUUUCAGAGGAGAGUGGUGUUGCCGUUGCAGAUCUGACUGAUGAUAGCGUCUUCACCGACAUGGGCAUUGACUCUCUUCUCACGCUGGUUAUUACAGGUAGAUUUCGCGAAGAGCUUGACUUGGAUGUUCAAGUCGAGGCUCUUUUCACCGAAUAUCCCACUGUCAAGGACCUGAAAGACUUCCUGGUGCCUUCUGGCGAAACAAAGCCUGUCGAAACAGCUCCAGCUGCGUCUCUCACCCCUGUCGCAACUCCUGCGCCAAUUUCUGCGCCGGUGGCACCCUUUGCCCCGGUAGCUCCAGUGGCUCCUAUCGCAGCGGCAACCCCCGUUUUCAAACCGGCUCCGGUCCCUACAAUCGCAGUUUCUGUUGAUAGUAAGGCCCAGGAGAAUUACCAAGCUGCGAUAGAGAUUAUCUCUGAAGAGAGCGGAGUUGCCGUCGAUGAUCUUACUGAUGACAGUGUCUUUGCCGAUAUGGGUAUUGAUUCACUGCUCACUCUAGUCAUUACAAGCAGAUUCCGAGAGGAAUUAGAUCUCGAUAUCCAAGUGGAGGCACUGUUUACUGAGUACCCUACUGUGAAGGAUCUCAAGGACUGGCUGACAGGUGGCGCUUCUCUCAACGAUGCAGCAGCUGACGACUCGGAUUCGACAUCUUCUAGCGGGCAGUCAAACAACAAUGACCGCACUGCUACUCCAUUGUCAGACGUCUCCUAUAGUGGCGAUUACAUUGCCAAGGGCCUGAAGCCACCCGUCCAAUCCACUACCUCUGUAGUCCUCCAGGGCCUCCCGAAGAAUACCUUGAAAACUCUUUUUCUCUUCCCGGAUGGAUGCGGCUCUGCUCACUCCUACGCAGCCCUUCCUCGCGUCAGUACGGAUAUCUGCGUGAUCGGCCUCAAUUCUCCUUAUAUGAAGAACCCCAAGGAGAUGUCGCAGUACAACGUGCACGAGAUAAUCGAGAGCUAUCUUACCGAGAUUCGCCGUCGCCAGCCAAGUGGACCAUAUCACCUCGGCGGUUGGUCCGCUGGAGGCAUCUACGCUUUCCGCGCUGCAUCUCAGUUGAUUAAUCAGGGUGAGGAAGUUCAAAGUCUGGUUUUGAUUGAUUCGCCCGUCCCCAAGGGUCUAGACAGACUACCUCAGCACUUCUACGAUCACUGCAGCAAGAUCGGUCUUUUUGGCCAGGCCGUUGGAGCCUCCCCGGCCAACCCGCCCGAAUGGCUUAUUCCUCACUUCAAUGCGACCAUUGAUGUCCUUCACGAUUACUGGGCGGAACCACUCCCUGCUGGCACUGCCCCAAAGACAUCCAUCAUCUGGGCCUGCGAGAGCGUCAUGGAUGGCAUAAAUUUUGUCAAGCCAGCGCCUCACCCUGAUGAUACUGAGGGAAUGAAAUUCCUAACGGAGAAGCGUGCCGACUUUUCCCCGUGCGGCUGGGAAGACUUCUUCCCCGACAGGGAGAUUACGGUGGAGAAGGCUGAGGGUGCCACGCACUUUUCAAUGAUGAGGGACUCUUUUGCACCUAAGCUAUCUGCCUUUAUCGAGCGUGCUAUGACUGUUUAA